GAACUGAAGAGAACAGAAGGGCGUGUGUUAUUAAUAAUCAGCCGAGCAGAAAGUCCCACAGUCGUUCUGACAGCGAGCAGACGAGGAAACGCAGCGCUCCGGAGAGGACGCGGACGCGCAGUGUGGAGACGCGCGCUGUACAUGAGCUGUCUUUGAUUCAUCGCGUGUCACAGAGCGGUGCGUGGGUAACAGAUCCGCGCUCGAUGCUGUUUUACGCCGUGACUAAUCGGAGCUUUGACGCAGUGGAUUGUGUCGUGGGAACCUUCUUUAUCGAGCUUUUCUUCACAUUAUAUCGACCUACACACAAGUUUACUGACUUUGAGCAACUCUCAUUUUUUCAAGUGUGGACCGAGCAGAUGGCUGAAAACCCACAGCUCUAGCCGUAUUAUGUCUUGUGAGGAAUCUGUCUUGCUGUUUCAAUGACGGGUAAAAUGGAAACGCCCUUCUAUCACGAUGAUAGCGUUCCAAACUUUGGGCAAAUUCCAGAUUACGAUCGAUACCAAGGCCACAAGAUAAUGAGCAAGAAGAACAACAUGCCGCAUAAUUUCGCCAACAGCGUGGGAAAUGCCUCCAGCCUGAAACUGUUGCAGGGACAAGCUGGGAACAGCAGCAGCAUCAGUCCCAACAGCCUGGCGAUGAGCGGCAAUCCCAACAGCUCGCUGAUGUCCUCGCCGGACAUGAACCUGCUCAAGCUCUCCUCUCCGGAUCUGGAGCACCUGAUUAUCCAGUCCAACCAGGGACUGGUUACUACAAGCCCGGCUCCCAACGCGUCCGCUAAUCCCUUCAUGUACAGAAACCAGGCCACCAACGAGCAGGAAGGAUUUGCCGACGGCUUCGUCAAAGCUCUGGCCGACCUGCACAAGCAGAACCAGCUGGUGGGCGCUCCCAUGUCUCCGCCGCCGUCCUCCUACCAGAGGAACCUCAUGCCCGGCGCGGACAUGCCCAUCUACACCAACCUGAGCAGCUACAACCCCAACCAGCUGUCGUCCAGCUACCCCGGCGGGCAGAUCGCCUACACGUCCGCGGCCCACGCCUCGGUUCACGCCGGUCACCACCCGCAGACACGGGGCCUGGACGCUCCGCAGACGGUGCCCGAGGUCCCGCACCCUCCAGGCGGGGACCCGGCCAGCUCGCCCCCCUCGCUCUCGCCCAUCGACCUGGAGACGCAGGAGAGGAUCAAGGCGGAGCGCAAGAAGCUCCGGAACCGCAUCGCCGCCUCCAAGUGCCGCAAGAGGAAGCUGGAGCGGAUCUCGCGGCUGGAGGAGAAGGUGAAGGUGCUGAAGACGCAGAACUCGGACCUGGCCUCCACCGCCAGCAUCCUGAGGGAGCAGGUGGCUCAGCUCAAACAGAAAGUUAUGAAUCACGUCACUAACGGCUGCCAGAUCGCCGUCAGCUCAGCCAGCAUGGCCAAAAGGGGAGAGCACCAGCUGCUGAAACGCUAUGACUUUCUCUUUAUCUCCUGCCCGCACUCUCUGUCUCUCUCAGCCCCGUCUUACUUCUGCUCUGAUGUGAAGAAAUGAGACGGGGAAGACCCGUGCGAGAGCGGCGCUGUCUGGACCUCCGACUCUUCAGGAAUGUCCUCCUGCACGUGUGCUCUCUGACCGUUGUUUGGACGCCUGAGAAAAAAGGCCAAAGUGACAGGGAUGCACAUGCACUGCGGUUGGGAUGCUCAUAAAGGGAACAAAAACUCGGAAUUCUGCACUUGAAUACUUUUACUUUUUUUCGACUUGUAAAUGCGACUUUUCUCCGCAAGAGGAUGGAAACUUUGCUCCAAGUAUUUUUUUCUUUACAAUCAGCGUCUCGUUCAACCGCUGGACGAACUUUAUAUGUUUUAAGGGUUUGUGUUUAUAUAACUGUUGAACAAUAUGCAAACAUUUUCCAAAGCACCUGACAGAAUCGUGCACAUGUGGAAUUGAACAAAUCCCUUUAUACACCUUGUGUUUCAAGUGGAAAUCUCACCGUGUCUCAAUAACAACAUUACCGGAUAUUGUUUGUUUGUUUGUUUGUUUGUUGGUUGGUUUGAUAUUGUGCAAUUUGUGAAUAUGAGGGAAAAAAAAAAAAAUUUUUAUACAAACUAAGACUUUUUAAGAAGUAUUACAUUACUGCGUAAUAUCAAAACAUUAUAAGCAAAGAGACAGGAUUGUGGUACUGUGCAAAACUUUAACUGGUACCUUUUGCCGUUUUCGAGUUGGGAAAUUUCUGAGCAUUCCGAGACCUUUUGCACUGUAAUCUCCCAUCGGGAGAUGCAUUCUAAUAAUGGGUUGAUCGUGUGUUUUUGCCAUUGUCUAAUGAGUAUUAAUGCUGUGUUAACCUUAGAGUAACGGUGUGGAAAAGCUACUCUUGACUGCGACAUGUUGAUUCAGCCCAGAUGCACCAAGUCAAGAGUCAAAACUGACCUGAAUUCAGAACGACAACAAAAGGGCUUUUGAUCAAUAGUAUUUUUUUUUCUUUUUCUUUCUUUUUUUUUUUAGUAUUUUAUUUUUUGUAUGAAUUAAUUUUAUUUAUACAGAACUUGUAUUUAUGUUGUUUUCCGAGGAGAGGAAGAAUACUGGUUGGAAUACUAGUGUCUUGUUGACACGUUAUUGUUUUCUUGGAAACUACACAAUUGCACAUAAAUCAGAAACAUUAAAUGAUGUGUAAUAUUUAUCCUCUGUGUAUAGCAUGAUGGUUUGAACUAUAACUACAACUAUGCUUUUAGUAGAUGAAAAAAUAACAAAUGAUGGAGAUUCUGAGAGAUUAAGAAGCGCUCAGAAGUCAGCGCUCUACUACAGACGUCGAAUCGAAUCUACUCGAGGAAUCGCGGUGAUGAAGGCCUUAGAGAAUCCUGUACAUCUGCUUCUCAGAGUUGCUGCCUUUCUUACAGUCGGUGGAGAUGCAGAUUAUUUUAUUUAUAUAUCUAUAUCCAUUCAUAGGGAUACCUGAGACAGGUACUAGAGCUGUCAAAUAACCUUGUGCAACAAGAAGAUAUUUAUUUUUUGAAACUUGAAUAAGGUUUUUGAUGUCAUAAACGUAAUGUAUUUUUGUACAAAAUUGUUUGUUUAGAAAUAGUGUGUGUACUUUUUAUCAUUCCCAAUGCUUUAUUUAUUGAAGUGCUUUUACUGAGCAGUGUGGUGUUGUUUUAUUUGAGCUUCGCUCCAAGCGUUUCUGUGUCGCUGGUUUGUGUUUCGGACGCACCUGCUGUUGGUACAUUCGUUUUUGUUUUUUUCCCACUGGCAUCAAGUGAAGGUCCUUGGUUUGUUUUGUAAUGUGUGUACCUCUAUUUGAACCGUAAGCCCGUUCCGAUCGUGUUUUUUGUUGUUUCAUGGAACUGUGUUUUGAUCCAACUCUAAAGACUGAUUGCAUCGUUCAUUUUAAAACGAAGAAAACUUCUUUACCACGUGUCAUAUAUACAUAUACUGAACAAUUGUUGAACGGGUUUACCUUGCGUGUACAGAAGGCGGUUUGUACGAUUAUCUCGCUCAUCGAGCCAGUUCUCGGCCUUGAUCCCAACAAGUUUGAAUAGGAAUAUGUUUCAGCAGAACGGUGCGUCUGGAUGUGGAUCAGUGUCCGAUUUUGACGGCCAGUUCUGGAGACUCAUGUACCAUUUUUCUAAAGCGACUGGUGGUCAAACUCGUGUGACUAAGGGGCGACUUGCCUCGUUGUGUUACAAGCUGGUUUAUUUGCUUCUAAAUAAUAGACUUGUUCGUUGUUCCCUUGUUUUCUUUUAUAUCAACAAUAAAGAAGAGUAGGUUUCUGAA